AUGUUUUGUAUUGGCCAUAACACGUACACUGCAGUGCUCCGUUUAACACAAAAAACCCAAUAAAUCGCGUCAUUCCUAAAAAUUGCCAUCCGUGAAAUUCGUUACGCAGCGUGAUUUAGGGCAAAAUGAGUGACACUGGCUUGAUCGAGGACCAGCAGUCGAUCCAGGCCGAUAUGCAGGAUUCCAACAAAACCAGCACCACCAAAUUCACGGACGUUGCCGACGCCUUGGGACACGGAAAUGGCUUGGACCACUACGGGAACCGACUGAAAGCGCGGAUGCCCGUCGAUCGCUAUGCUUCCGACUACAACAUGAACCACCCGAAGCGGGGUCUGGCCCUAAUCUUCAACCACGAGCAUUUUGAGAUUCCACAGCUAAAGUCCAGGGCCGGCACUAAUGUUGACUGCGAAAAUUUGGCAUCCACGUUGAAGCAUCUGGACUUUGACGUGCGCGUGUACAAGGACAUGAAGCUGAGGGAUAUGCAGAAGGAGGUGGAGAAAGUCGCCAAGAUGGACCACUCGGACAACGACUGCAUCCUGAUCACGAUCCUGUCGCAUGGCGAACUCGGCUACCUGUACGCGAAGGACUGCCAGUACAAGCUGGACAUCAUUUGGUCGUACUUCACUGCCAACCACUGCCCGACCCUGGCUGGCAAGCCGAAGCUGUUUUUCAUCCAGGCCUGCCAGGGUGACCAGUUGGACGCGGGCGUCACCCUGUCCGAUCGCACCGAAACGGACAGCGCCGGCUCGAUGAGCUACAAAAUUCCGGCCCACGCUGACUUCUUGAUCGCGUACUCGACCAUCCCGGGCUUCUACUCGUGGCGCAACACCCAAAAGGGCUCUUGGUUUAUGCAGUCCCUGUGCCAGGAGUUGAACCAGCACGGAAAGAAGUACGACAUUCUGACGCUGCUGACGUUCGUGGCCCAGCGGGUGGCGUACGACUUUGAGUCCAACACGCCGGACAUUCCGAUGAUGCACCAGCAAAAGCAGAUCCCGUGCGUGACAACCAUGUUGACGCGACUGCUGCGCUUUACUGACAAGUAGAUGACCGAUGGACCACUCUUUCAAUGUCCUAACAUUUUUCAAAUUAACUCGUUACACUUUGCUGUAGUGUAAAGGGUAGUGCACAAAACAGCACAAAUGUCGCAAACCUUUAUGCUUGAACGUGUAAUUUCAUUAUUUGUCUCUCAAGUUUUAGAGUUAUUUUAUGUAGGUUAUUAUUAUGAUUAUCUCAAACGAUUUUAUAGAUCCUUAUUACACAGACCGUGUAUUUUAUAGUUCAUGUCUUCUUAAUAUUCUAGUUUGAAUUUUUUGAAUCAUUGAGUUGUAGUGAUUUUUUGUCGUUUCUGAAAACUCUUGCACGCAUUUUAAUCCACGUUUAAAGUACAAUCGGAAGUACAAUUUAGGAAAAACAUACUUACACAGAGACUCAGAAAUGUAAUGACCACAGUUUAACGAUAAAAUACACAAUAAAAAAACUUAACAAUUAACUUAACAGGACCAUCCGAAGAAAAAACUGCCAACAGCAUCGUGCUGUGAAGUUUCGCAACUUGAAUGAAAUGGAUUAUUUUCGUUUUAUAAAUUCAGCUGAACUUUCAAAACCCAAAAUGCAGUAUAAGAUGCUGAUAUUUUCGAACGUGAUAGCUUGAUUUCUAUGUUAACUUUUUUUUUAGCUAAUCAUUUUUUUCAAGUUCAGCUGGCUUUCUGCAAAAAUAUCCCUUUCAUUCGAAAAG